AUGGGAACAACGACAAAACAGAAGAAAAGAAAAGAAAAGGUAGAGAUCCAAAAGACACUGGUUGAGACGGAGAAUAGCAAUUUCCUACGUCUACCGUUUGUGAUGUCUGUGGUUACACCACAUCGCGGGAAGUUCACUUUUUCAAAGAAAGACCUGUUCAGUCCUUUUGUGCACGUCAUGGUGCACAUUAAGCCGGUGCCGGAGCGGUCAUUUUCCAAUCAGAAAAAUGGACGAAUAACGAUGCGAGAAACAACAACUCAGUAUGUUCGAGAAGUGCGUUACGAAAAUAAUAAUCCUAUGAGGCAGCGACAAUAUCUUGUAGAAGAGCCUCCAACGAACGCGUAUAACAACAAUUAUACGUCUGAGUAUAGUUCAGUUCCAUUGACUGACCUCAGAGAUGCCUAUACGCGUUAUAAUGAAAGUCAGUUGAAUUCGUCUAUUGCGGAAAACGAGUAUAUGCCUACGAACGAGUAUAUGACCGAUGAACGAGAUGAACGAAGGAGCCAGUAUUAUUCUCCGAAUCCUGAUUAUUCACGACCGUAUGAAAGCCUUAGCGAAAAUAUGGUUAGCAGUCGUUAUCAGAGGGGACACAGUCGUAAACAAAGGAGUCCAGAAAGACGUGUCCAUGAACGGAGGCCGAUGCAGAGAAUCCAACCCAAUGAAUAUAUGACAGAAUCACGGACUAGCCGUCUUGAAACUCCGCGUGAUUCUUCACACCCAAGCGAUCUGAUGUUAUCAGGAUUCCGUCACAGAAGCAGCGCUGAACUCCAGUCCGAAUUACCAAGACGUGAAUUAUCAGAACUUAAAAACAGAAGUCGAGUGGAUCAUUAUAUGAACCGUGGUGCUCAAAAAUCACCUAUAGGAAAUCGUCAUAGUCGUCACGCUUCGGAGAGAGAUGAAAAUACUAGACACCGUUUAGAGCGUAACACAGUGGACGAAAGCUAUGCGAUUAGUAACUCUAUGAGAAGAUCAGGUGGCAUACCAAGGUAUCGUAACGAAUCCAAAGUGUCACAAAACGGUCAGACGAAAAGACGCUAUCGACCUGGCGCCCGUGCUCUGUUGAACAUUCGAAAACUUCAAAAAAGCACCUGCCAUUUAAUCCCUAAGAGCUCAUUUCAACGGGUUGUUCGAGAAGUCGCAGCGGAUUUGUAUGGACCAACUUAUCGUUUCACUGUAGGAGCUUUGUCUGCAUUGCAGGAGAUAAGUGAAGCAUUCUUAGUUCGCCUGUUCGAUGACGCCAACACAUGUGCUGUUCAUAGGAAGCGCGUUACACUUUUGCCUAGUGACAUGCAGUUACAGCUUAAGGAGGCAGAAAGGCUAGCAGCAUGGGCUCUGAAUGCAGCUGUCAUGCUUCGAACACUCGCUGUAUAG